GGCGUCAACCGAGGCACAUGCCUAUCACCAACUUGCACUUGUACUCUAUUUACAGUCGCCCGAACACUUACAACACAAGCAGCAAUUGUUAAUCACAAUCCUCGUCAUUUUGCUUCAAGAUGGCGGAUGAAAAGAAAGACCAGCCCUCAAGCUCAGAGCCAGAAGCAUCACUUGGUAUGACUCUCGAGGAUGCGCGCAAGUUCCUACACCAUGAGAGGGCGCAGUCAUCGAGUGAUGAGAAGAAAGCAGAAUUCCUGAGAAGUAAAGGUAUCUCAGAUGAGGAUAUUGAGAAGCUGCUGAAAGAGCGGUCAUCAAGCCGACCGGCGAAUGCGGAAACAAGCGGCGGGACAAGCAGCGGGCAGACCCAAAUCAAAGCCGACGCUGUAGAACCGAGGGAAGCUCUACCGGAACCUGCAACACCACCAGAGCCGUCUUCGGCACCGGGCACAUCGUCGAACGAAACACCACCGAUUAUCACGUACCCCGAGUUCCUUACCCAUUCGCCAAAACCGCCACCACUAUUGACGCCGUCUCGUCUGGCAAACGGUGCUACCGUCCUGGCCUCUGCUUGGACCCUUGCAUAUGGCGUAGCACGCUUUAUCGUUGGACCAAUGGUUGAGAAACAGUCCGAAGCUCGAUCAGAAUACUACGCUCAUGUCAAUUCGAAGCUGUCUACCUUGGUCGAGAAGUUGGAAGGCGUUGUCAGCGAGGUACCCUACAAGAAUGGCAAGGGCCUGAAAUCCGAGGUCGAUGUCGACGACGAUAGUAGUUACGAUGAUCCAACCGAAAUGUUUCACCGCGAUAUAGGCACUCAGACAACACCACAAGUCUCUUCUGCUUCGAGCUCCGAUGCAGGAGAAAAGGUUGUCGACAAGCAAGCUGAACGUCUUGCGCAGCUGACUACCUCGAUGAAAGAGCUGUCCGACAUGUAUAUAUCUCAGGCCGAGAACACGUCUGAACUCCACUCGCAACUACGAGAGUUUCGUGAGGAGGUCGACAAACUGGCAUAUCCCAGCGAGUCUCUGUCUUACGGUGGCUCAGGUUUUGGAAUUGGUCGAUCUUCAGAGCCAGACGACGAGUUCAAGAAGACCAAAGAUGCCAUACGCAGCGUCAAAGGCAUGUUCUUAUCAUCGAGGAUGUUUCCUGCUACGACCACAAGAUAGAAUCGUGGUCAAGGAAAGGAGAACAGUCACGACACAAAACACAGCCAGGAGGCAGAAAGCAGUCAAGACGCAGAAAAUAGCAGAAUAAUAGAAGCCGGCCGGAGAGCA